AUGUCUUCUGUUAGAUCUACCGUUUUAAAAGCUCAUACUUUAACACUAAAUGCAACAAAAACUGCCACAUCAGGUACUGCGCCUAACACAAUUGAAUUAUAUUUAGAUUAUGCUUGUCUCUUCUCUGCCAAAAUAUUUGACAGAUGGUUCAACAAUCUAGAGGAUAAUCCAGUUGUUCAAAACAAUCCAAAUUUACAAUUCAAAUUUGUUCAUGUUAUUCAGCCAUGGCAUCCUUUUUCAACCUUAAUACAUGAAGUUGCUAUCAUAGUUGCAAUCUAUAAGCCAGACCAAUUUUGGAAAUAUUCCAAACAAUUGUUCAAAGAUUAUUCCAAAUUUUGGAGGGAUUCAAUGAUUGUUAAUAAAUCAUUCAGCCAAUUAUACGAAGAAUUGGCUAAUCAUGCUUUUGAACAUGUUGAAGGCUUAGACAAAGAUUUCAUAUUGUCUAAAUUAGUUAUUUCUAAAGGUAAGGAUGGUAUUGUUGAAAAACAAGUUAAAUACUUUACUAGAUACCACAGACAAAACGGCGUACAUGUUACACCAACCGUAGCUGUUAAUGGGGUUAUUGUUCCCUCUAUUGAAAGCAGUACUGAUUUGUCAACUGUGGAUCAAUUAGUUAGACAGCAAUUGUGA